AUGCCCCGCAACAUUCUGUAUUCGCUGCUGCUUCUCCUGUUCAGCUGCGACUUGCGGGCUGAGGGGACUGAGCAUUUGAAUGUGAAAAAAAGACGUGCUGUUUCAACUCCUGGUGAGUUUCAGACACACAUUCUCACAGGGAUCCAGUCUGAGCUGGCAGAGCUGAAAUCUACUGUGAGUUCUCUGAAGACCAAACUGCAGGUCACUGAGGAACAGCUGAAACAGCUCAGGAGAAACGAAUUUAAAGUGGCAUUUGGUGCCACACUUGGAUCAACGGGUAACUUUGGACCCUUCAACUCUCCAGUCACCCUGGUUUACAAUAAUGUCUAUGUGAAUGAGGGAAGCGCUUACAACCCAAACACUGGUAUCUUCACAGCACCUGUAAAAGGGGCCUAUUUCUUCAGUUUCUCUGGACAUAACUGCUCAUCUAAAGUUCUGAAUUUAGGACUCUUUAAAAAUGGAGAACAGAUGGUAAUUGUUUUCAAUCAUCCUCUAGGUGACCACUAUGAAUCAACAGCUAAUUCAGUCUCUUUGACUCUAGAGAAAGGAGAUCGUGUCUAUGUGCGUCUCCGUGAGACUUCAUGGGUCUUUGAUAAUUACAGUCACCACAAUUCAUUUGUUGGGCAUUUACUUUUCCCUCUUUGACAAUCUUACUAAAUUCAUGAAGCACAAAGUCAAAACUAACAUGUAUUUUUGCUUGCAAGACUAAUAUUUUAUUCUGGUAUGUUUUCAUAUGCAUAAAAAAUACCUUUUUUAUGAAUUUAAGAUGUAGGCCUGGUGAAAGUUAGUGUGGUAGUGAUGUAGAUAGAAGGAACAAGUACUAGACUUCUGUAUGAAUAUGUAAUAUUUAACUCUUUUUAACUUGAGCAACAAGCUGAGCUAAUCAAAUUUCAAAAUCUUCUGCCUACCUUCUGCCUCUUCUUCACUUCUGCCUAGUGAUAGAGGUGGGGAAUUUCUAAAUAGUUAUAUUAGAGAAAAAAUUAUAUAGGCCUAAUCAUAUAAUGCUACAGUGCUCUUUGUUCAUGUACUUAUCCUAUAUAAACUGUUGUAAUAUUUUUGCUGGUGGGUUUUCUCUGUGAUUUGUGUGAGAUACUCCCGGCCAUGAAUAAAGCAUAUC